AUGGAAGAGAACUGGGGCGAUAUGGACUUGACGCUAGAUCCAGACUUUGACAUCGACGAUAUGGACAUAUAUCCCGAAGACUUCAACUUCUAUCACGAUACCGAGGGCAUGAAUCCCGAACACUUCAACCCCAGCUACGCGACUACUAACGACAUGUGUAAUACUGUGGAUCCUGAGGAUACUAUACAAGUCCGUGCUGUCAGCCAGGGCUUAAAUAACCCAAAUCCUCCGUAUCAACAGUACGAUCUGCUGCCCUCCCAUAGGAUCCAAAGACUUGAAAGUCCAGGAGAAGGAUCCUCUGCACACGCCGGUGCAAGGCGUACUACUCGUACCAAUACGACUAAAAACCCGGUUAUAAUGCGCUAUCAAUUCCGAGAUAUCGAAAGCCUUGAGAAGGAUCUAGAACAGGCCAAGGCGAGUGGGAAAACAGGAGAUGAGCUGCGUCCAUAUGAGGAAAGAAUUGUGAAGACGAAAACGUAUCAAAAAAAGGCUGGUUGCAAAAAGUAUAAAGACUGUCUGAAAAUGGUAUGCGAAGACAUGAAUUUGUCAAUGGCAGAGGUCCAGGCCUUGCCCAAGGAAGAGAAACGGGCUGCUUUGGCGAAGGUUCGAGCUCAAGGUCUUGCCCCAACCACUGGGGUCGCGCAGCGUCUGGGCCCCAGCCAAAGGCCCCAGCCAAAGACCACAUCAUAUUCGAGCCGCUGGGAAAAGUAUCAGACCAAACCCGGAAAUCCAAGGCUUCUUCAAGUCAAUGAAAGGAAUCGUGCAAGGCCUCGGGGUCGUAUGAAUUUGCAGCGCGGUCAGGCUUCAAUCGAUAAGGGGAAAGGAACCACCAGGCCUCUGCAAGAUUUCGCUACAUCACCCGCUCACGCCACACCACCUGAAAGCUUUGCUAGCUCAUCACCACAUGAUUUUGGUCUUUACAAUGCUCCUUCUCCAGUUCGUCCCGCCGGAAACCUUCAUGAAAGCUCAAGUCCUCCUAGUAGCAGGUCAAGAGGCCCCACACCCCGGUCGAGAGAGCCAACACCUAGGUCGAAAGAGCCAACACCUAGGUCGAAAGAGCCAACACCCAUAUCGAGAGAGGCGACUCCAAGGUCGCAGAGCAGUGGAGCGGACAGUGGCUGGAACGGCUUUAGCUCAAGUCCCUCUCCCUUUUCUGACCCGAGCCCAACAAAUCAACCAAAGGACAAGGGAGAAAGAAGGGCGCAGCAAAACCCCACUGGUAAAGGAAAAAAAGUGAUUGCCCCACGCUCUUCACGCUGGGGUUCCACGACUUCGAGAGCAGCCGUGAAACCCGGUCUCAAAGCGACUAGGCCAGUCCGAUCAUAUGGUGCUCGUCGCCAGGACAAAGUGACGAAGAGUACUGCUCCAAGGGUCGGAAGAAAAUCCCAGAAACAGUUAGGCCGGCCACUCGAAAAAGGUUCGAAAGAUAGGAUCAAAGCUGAAAAGGCCGCAGUAAAGGCCGCAUGGAAGGAGCAAGAAGCACUCAAGGCGGAAUUGGGAAAGGCACAACAGAGAACCAAAGAUGCAGAAAAGGAGAAGAAGCGGGAGAAGGAGAGAUACAGAAAGGAACAGAAGAAAAAAGAAGUUGCUCAGAAAAAGAGGGAAUCUAAAGGAUUAAAGAUGAUCAAGGAUGCUCGAGAGAGGAGAGCAAAAGUUUUCUGUGUCUAUGAUGUUCCUGCAGACACAAUAAUUUGGAAAGAGCAUCCAAAUUCUGAGCUGUCUGCAUCACAGAAGCUGAAUUAUCACAUGUACGCAUGUCAUUAUGGCAUGGAAGCUAGGAUGGAGAAAGCCGGAUUUUAUCCAGUCUUGAUCGAGGUGCGCAUUUACUGA